AUGCAUCCAGGAGGUGGACCACUGUCGGUGCCACCAGGCUUCCGCUUCCAUCCGACCGACGAGGAGCUCCUCUACUACUACCUGAGGAAGAAGGUUGCUUAUGAGCCCAUAGAUCUUGAUGUCAUAAGGGAGAUUGAUCUCAAUAAGCUCGAGCCCUGGGAUCUCAAAGAAAGGUGCAGAAUAGGCACUGGGCCUCAGAACGAGUGGUACUUCUUCGGCCACAAGGACAAGAAGUACCCAACGGGGACGAGGACGAACCGCGCCACGACGGCGGGGUUCUGGAAGGCGACUGGGAGAGACAAGGCCAUCUUCCUUGGCAACGCCAGGAGGAUCGGCUUGAGGAAGACCCUAGUGUUCUACAUCGGCAGGGCGCCACACGGCAAGAAGACUGACUGGAUCAUGCACGAGUACCGCCUUGAUGAAGAGAACGUUGAGAUUCAGGAAGAUGGAUGGGUGGUGUGUAGAGUUUUCAAGAAGAAGAGCUAUCACCAGACAGGCCUCAAUCCGGCUGAAAUGGCCGCACUGGACGACGAUGAGCUCCAGCCUUUCCCUGUUCCUAUCCCCGGCAGCUCCCUGCCAACAGAGCACAAGAACAACCCUCACCUCAUGCAAUAUGACUUCCCUUCCUUCGACCCUUCCAUGCAGCUCCCACAGCUGAUGAGCGCCGACCAGCCCGUGCCAACCCUCCUCCCCAGCCAUCCCGGUGUCGCCAAGGCCAUGAGCUCACUCGACGUCGAGUGCAACCUGACGAAGCUCACGUCCAACAACAGCAGCGACGGGAUGCUCCACGUCCACGGUGCUGGUGCUGGAGGUGGUGUCGACCGCUUCGCAGACACGACAGACUGGUCGAUCCUAGACAAGCUCCUCGCCUCGCACCAGAACCUCGACCAGCUCUUCCACGGCAAGGUCACCGCGGCAUCUGCUGCCUCCCCAAUGGCGGCAUACCAUCAGCAGCUCAUGGAACUCGGUGGCUCGUCGUCGUCGCCGUCUUUACAGAGGCUUCCACUGCAGUACCUCGGCGGCGAGACGGCCCAUCUCCUCAGGUUCCCCAAGUAG